CCAGCUAAUACAACCCCCCCAAUAAUCAUGUUUCCCCCGCAAUGGGUGGAAACCUCAACCCCUCCAAUGUUCCAGCCAAAGUUACGCCCUUGCCCUAAAUGCAACUUAAGUUCAUGAUUCACCUUUUCUGUAUGAACAGGUAUAACCACUCAACCCAUUACGAUGAGUUGUAUCCGUGAGCAUUUGCAUUGUGUACCAUUAUCUCCCCGUUUUACCCAGAAUACUUGCAUCUCCUUCAGAGUUCAUCCGUGUGCGAGCGAUUCCCGAUCACCUACCCGCUAAGCGUGAUCACCGGUCCCCCGGUGUGAGUGUGAGUCUCCGCUUUCCGAGCCUUCAACCCCCCGGGAGAGACCAAUCGGCUUUUCACGACUUGACAAUUUCCCCUGUGGUUAUUUGGAAAAAACACAUAAAUUUCGGAGCCAUUAUUUUAAAGGACUCACAGGAUCUGAAUUUCAACUAGACGUCAAAAAGAAGAGACAAUGGCUACUGUGAAAGAGAAACUCUUGCUGGAGAUAAACCCUGGCCGGGAGGCAGGAAUAGCCAGCAAGGUGACCGUAGUGGGGGUGGGUAAGGUGGGCAUGGCAUGUGCUUUCAGCAUCCUGCAGGCGAAUAUUGCUGAUUGUGUCACCCUGAUUGACAUGAUGGGGGACAAAGUACAAGGUGAGGUGAUGGAUCUGCAGCAUGGCAGCCUCUUCCUGAAAACUCCAAAGAUCACAGCAGCAAAGGAGUACUUGGAGACUGCCAACUCCAAGCUCUGUGUCAUCACAGCAGGGGUGCGUCAGAGGGUAGGAGAGAGUCGCCUGGACCUAGUCCACAGGAAUGUGGAGGUAUUCAAACAGAUCAUCCCUCAGCUGGUUCAGCACAGUCCUGAGGCCAUCCUCCUCGUAGUUUCCAAUCCAGUGGACAUCCUGACGUACGUGGCCUGGAAGCUGAGCGGCUUCCCCCAACACCGAGUCAUUGGAAGCGGCACCAACCUGGACUCCGCCCGAUUCCGCUUCCUACUGGCUGAGAAACUGCAGAUGAGCCCCAGCAGUGUGCACGGUUACAUCAUCGGGGAGCACGGCGACUCCAGUG